UUAAGACCAAUAGCAAGAAGAAGUAGAAGAAAAACAAAACAAUAUGCCGAAGAACAAAGGAAAGGGAGGCAAGAACCGGAAGAGAGGGAAGAACGAAGCCGACGACGAGAAGCGCGAGCUCCUCUUCAAAGAGGACGGCCAGGAAUACGCGCAGGUCACACGCAUGUUAGGCAACGGCCGGUUGGAAGCCAAAUGCCACGACGGCGUCGCCCGCCUCUGCCACAUCUCCGGCAAGCUACACAAGAAGGUCUGGAUCGCCGCCGGCGAUAUUCUCCUCGUCGGGCUAAGGGACUACCAGGAUGGCAAGGCUGAUGUCAUCCACAAGUACAUGCCCGACGAGGCACGGUUGCUCAAGGCUUAUGGGGAGUUGAAUGACAGUUUCAGGCCGAAUGAGGGCGGCAAUGAUGACGACGACGACAACAAUGGCGAUGGUUACAUAGAGUUUGAGGAUGCUGAUGUUGAUAAAAUUUGAGUUUUGUCCUGCUGUUCCCUAAAGUUUAUCUAAUAAUGAGAAUUGUUCAGUUGAUCAAAGAGAUUUUAUUUUGUUAAUUGAAUUAUCAAUUCUAUAAUUUUGAGCUGUGUUCAAGUUGAAUUAGA